AUGAGUGACAACGGAUGCGCGCCUGGUACGAAUCCCGGUGGUUCAAAGAGAUAUGACCGCAGAAAACGGCGAAGAUUGACGAUUGUAUGCACUAAUUGUAAGAGACGGAAGAGCAAAUGUGACAAGAAAAAACCUGUUUGUGGAAACUGUACGCGGCUUGGGGAUGAGGACACGUGUGUUUACGUUUCGCAUGCUGAAUCUCCGAACUCGAACGUACCGUCAGUCGUAAGCUUGAGUUUUGAAAACGUCGACGAAAUCCCGGUAAUGAACGUAGACCUUGCACCUAACGGCAAUGUUGUUAUUGCGAAACGAUCCGCAACGGCGUAUGUAAAGCCAUUAACGACCGUUGGAGCUGCAUGGCGUGAUCCUUAUCUACAAGUUUUGAACGCAUUGUGCUCGGUGAAUAAACGUCACGUCAGAUGCAGAAGUGCAAAAAGCGGUGAAUUAAAUGGUACUGAAAAGAGUCUUCCCAGCUCGAUAGAAUCUUUAAAAAAGAUAGAACAGCGUGAACCAAGUGAUGCGGCAAGAGUGGAACCUGAAAAACUGAUAAACAGACAUCGGAACAUGUACAAGCAUCUUUUCACGAAAUUUGGAGAAUACCGUCAAAACAAGUCAGGUAAAGUAAAUGAUAAGGAGAUACCGGGGAAGCAUAUACCCGACCAACAAACUUUCGAAACUGUGAUUUGGCCUCAUUUCGAGGUUCACGUUUCCCCGUUGUGUCCGAUCUUCGAAAACAGCAUCCUUCAUCAUGAAAUUAUAAGCCUUUACCGGAAUCUGCAAAAAAACUCAAUACUCAAUAAAAAGAAUAAUGACAAUGUCAUCUAUGCGAUCCUUCUUCUCAUCACUCUCCUGUGUCAGUUUUCUGUCAAUUGCGCUGGUAAGUUCAACUCUGAUUCGUCUUCGCGAGACGAUGCAAGGAUCACGAGUAUCAAUACUAGAAAGUACUUCGCGGUUGUGAACUAUUGCUUGUCACAAAAUAAAGUGUAUCGCAAAAUUAAUCUUUUACAGCUUCAAGCAUUGUUGUUGUUGAGAUUUUAUCAUUGGUGUGCUCCCGAUGAGGGUGAUGGAGAACAAUUGCAGCAAAGUAACAUUCUUAUGGGGGCAAUUAUAGCCUCAUGCCGUGAAGUGGGAGCAGGCUGGUCAUGCUUUAAAGACGGUGAUAAAUUCACUUGUGACUUGUUGCCCGAUGCGCGCCCUUCUCCUUCCGUAAUGCAUCAAGGCAAUUACUCACAGGUUUACAGAAAGUUGUGGAGCACUGUCUUACAUUGGGAUCGUAAAUUGAGUAUGCUAACCGGCCAAGAAUGCUUUGUGAGCAAGUCAAUAAAGAUUAAUCUGCAAGAUGUCGACUCAUGGCAUUUGAAAAUGAUCCCCAUGGACCAUUUGGUUUUUUCGAUAUGCAAUCUGGUCAGCGAAUGUCCACAUCAAGUUCACUACGAAAAGGUAACUUCUCUUCUCUCGGAUUUGUCGCAGAAUAAUAAAAAUGUUAUGGAUAGAGACAUGUGCGACUAUCACCAGCAUUUCGAAAUGCAAUUAAUAAUUCUUCUCAUGGAAACUUCUUUGCACCACGCAUGUGUGGUACAAAGCGAGAGCACUGGGAAUACCUAUGAUUUUGGCUGCCAUAUGCGGAGUCUCGAGGAUAAGAUGAAGAAAUUGGCGACUUUAUGUCAUGAAUAUUUGUUUGCUGAAGAGGAGCUGGAUGUCUAUGGAAGGUUUUACACCAACAAAAUCGUCGUCAUUGCUUUAGAAACAAUUUGUUGCAUUCUACCGUCAUCAAUUUUAAGAUCCAGGCAAACAGGGAGCUCUCAAGGAAACACUCGGCUACUGAGGUUCUUUUACGAUGUCGCCUCGAUGUACUUCAACGAGAUUGGCGUUGAUUAUUAUCAAUGCUUCAAAAAACUCUUUGUCAUCAAAAUUCUCUACAAGACUCUACUGACAGCUGAUGAUGCGAAACCAUGGAAAAAUAUUCUAGAAUUUUUGGUGAGUGAUGAGAAUGAAGGUAACGACCCUCUUGACAAAAUGCCCGCUGUCGCGAGUUUUUUAGAAUUUCAUAAAACUCGCACAGACGAAACAGAUGUAUGUGCGUUAUGGAGACAAAUGUUUUCGUGCAAUCUGGAGAUGAAAUUCGAGAGCGACUUGACCGAUAGUGACUUUGAUCUUUUUGUUAAUGAUGACUAUGAGGAUUACAACAUUUUUUCGGCUUUCUGUAAUAACAUUUCAACGCCUUUUUUGAAUAAGAUGUCGCUAAACGGUACUUAUUCGAUGGAAUCUCUUUCAUCGAAAGUACCGAAAGCUGGGCAAUGGAACGAUUAUGAUGAAUUCGGUUUUCCAUUGGGUACGUCUGAUUUGCUAAAUUUCCUAAAUGACGACAUAUAUGGCCAAGACAAUGGUAAAGCCUUCUACGAGCUAUUCCUGGAUUGA